AUGGAAAAACAAAUCAGGAUUAUUUUGUGGUGCACUCCGCGAUCGGCUUCAACGGCCUUCGUUCGCGCGAUGGAAAGUGUUCCAGAUAUUGAACUGUUCGUGGAACCGUAUAUAGUGGCUAAUCAUUUCGGACCAGAAAGACGCAUGGACGGAUUAGGAUUAGGACAGUCUGCGGAACGGGAAUAUACGUUCAGUGGCGUACGUAAAAAAUUAGAGGCCGGAUUUACGGACAAAAAGGUAGUUUUUGUGAAAGAUAUGGGAUAUGCUGUUGAUGGCAAAUACAAAUAUAUACCAAAAGGUUACAAGCAUUGCAUAUUGAUAAGGAAUCCUUUAAAAUCACUAACAUCAUAUUAUAAGCAAGUUUCAAAACAAAAACCCUUAGUUUCCAAAGGUCCGCUUUUUGGAUUGGCUUUACCGUCGGGAGUGUGGUACAAGGAGCUAUGUGAUUUAGCGGAUCAUUUAGAAAAAACAACUGGUGAAAGACCAAUGGUCAUUGACGCCGAGGAUCUCAUCAGCCAUCCGGAAUCCAUCAUGCGGAUCUUCUGUGACCGGUAUGGACUAACUUUUACACCUUCAAUGUUAACCUGGAAUGGGGAACGACGUGCGGAAUGGAACAUGGCCAAAUGUUUGUGGAAAAUGCACGAGAAGCAAGACUGGCAUAAAAAUACUUUUGAAUCCACGGGAUUCGGCCAUACUGUCGGUCGUUCAUCAAGUAACGCCAACGGAAAAAAGAUUCCUAAUUGUGUGUCGCGUUAUGCCAAAGAAUCCCAAAAACAUUACCAACAGUUGUAUGAUGAACGCGUUGUUCCUGUAUGA